GGUCUCUGAGAAGAGCAAUAAUCCAUGUAUGACCCGUCGGCUGCCAUUUAUAAGCUGUGUUCGCGUUGAAGACAUCGAUCUCCGGGGUUGCCGCUGUAGUCCCACCAAUUUCGAGACCUAAAACCACUUUGCUACCUGAUGGAGCUCCGGCUCGGCGGCUGUAUCAAAAAUAUGUCGUUACUGGAGGUGAGGCAAACAAGACCCAGAGCCUAGCCUCCAUUUCAAGGGCUUUGGUGGGUGGGCCAAUCAAAGUUUGUCCAGAGCGUGGCGCCCUCCAUCGCGAAAGGUAUAGCGUCGAUGUCGUGAUCAGUCUCAGUUGCAACUUAGAGACGAUAGUCCUCCUGGCGGCGAUUGCGCAAUUGCAACUCCCCAUCUUUUUCCAUGUCCUGGGCUCAUUACAGGAAGCAGAUACUCGGGUUCGGACAAUGUCCUUGCUCAUUACUAAGGACGCAUAAGGUUGGGGCCCUGCGGGCGGUCGCCCGGACAUAGCAUAUAGGCCGUACUGCACAACUCCCUCCUUCUUAAGAAUUUGACUGUCCUCGCUCGUUCAUUGUCGUGUUCGUCAUCUUGUUGUCUUGACUCUUCCAGUGCUUUGAAAUCCUGUUCCGUAUUCAAGUUAGCAGAAUAUCUGCGUCAUCAACUAUACCUUAUACCUAGCCUUCUUACCUUUGGCUCUUCAUUAAACAUAACUGGGAUACGCCCUCCGCCUGUCCCAACUUUCAACAAGUCCACGCAUUAACAAACAACGCUUCGAAUCAUCUUCCACGCGUUUUCAAAAUGCCUACCUUCAUCUCUGAAUCAUCCUCGCAGGUGUCCCUCCCCGACAUGAAGCUUGAAUGCGAGUCAGGCUAUGUCUCUGGACAAAACUCAGAAUACUCUUCACCAUCAUCAUCAACCACUCUUCCUCGAGUCACUCUCACAAAGCCCCAUAUUGACCACCUCAACAACAUGCUUGAGGACAUGCACCCCAUGGACAUUCUCCGAUUCUGCAAGGUCAUGUUCCCUAACCUGUACCAAUCGACUGCUUUUGGCUUGACCGGUCUCGCCACCAUGGACAUGCUCUCCAAGAUUCAAAAGGAGCACCCCAACACUCCCACUGUCGACCUCAUCUUCUUGGAUACCUUGUACCACUUCAAGGAGACACACGACCUCGUCGACCGAGUCAAGGCCCGGUACCCCAACGUUCCCGUUCACAUUUACAAGCCUGACGGUGUCAACAACGCCGAAGAAUUCGAGGACAUGUACGGCAAGGAGAUGUGGAACACCGCUAGCGAAAUGUAUGACUGGAUUGUCAAGGUUGAGCCCCUUCAGCGAGCGUACGAUGAGCUCAAGGUUGCUGCCGUCCUCAACGGUCGCCGACGAUCUCAGGGUGCUGCCCGCGGCUCCAUCCCCAUCAUCGAGAUUGAUGAUGAGCGUGGUGUUGUCAAGAUCAACCCCUUGGCCACUUGGUCUUUCAAGCAGGUUGAUGCAUACAUCAAGGAGAACAACGUCCCCUACAACGCUCUCCUCGAUCAAGGCUACAAGUCUGUCGGCGACUGGCACUCCACCGUCCCCGUCAAGGAGGGCGAAGAUGAGCGAGCCGGCCGAUGGAAGGGCCAGGACAAGACCGAGUGUGGUAUUCACAACAAGCAAUCUCGCUACUCCGAGUUUGUUGCCAUGAUGGAGCGCAAGCAACAAGAGGAAAAGCUCGCUGCUGCUCUUGAGAAAGUGGCUCUGCCCACAGUCUAAUUGCACUCGCAACCAGACAAAAACUUAUCUUUGAUGACUUAAUGAUUGAAGCAUUAUGCAAGGCGUUUUAAGGAACAAACUGGUUCAGCAGCCACUAAUGCUGGACCUAAAGGGAAUGGGAAUAUUGAAAAUCAUCGAAUGGCGUUUGGUAAAAUAUGAGAAGCCUGUUGCCAUGGAGGAAUAAAUAGCAAGUACACAAUCGAUAUGAUAGAAUCUGCGGCAGGUAGCAGACGAAACAAUAAACAAAAGAAUCAAUCAAUCAUAGGACUG